AUGCCAUCGUGGGCCCAUCAGAGUGUUUUGUCAUGGCUGAUAAUAUGUCGUGAUAUAUGGUCUGAAGCCAAUCUCCUUGAAAUACCUGAGAAACGGGAUCUCAUUUUUCUUGCAUCUCCAAAUGUCGACCUAUUAAACCCAAUCCCUAAUCCUCCACCAGCACGCCUAACAAGACACAAGAAGAAGGAACCCGACACUGCCACAAUUUGCAUUCGCGCUCCACCCUCCGCUCCUGGGAAGUCUGCCGUCCCAUCAAUACUUGUCGAAGCUGGCUAUUCUCAGUCCUACAAAAGCCUCGUGGAAAAUGCCCGCAAAAUCCUUAUUGGGGGUGCGCCCGCUGUACAGCUCGUCAUGAUCGUCAAAUUCUUUAAGCGUAAACUCGGGGUCGCUGUCCGUUUAGAAUUUUGGAGGCGAGAUCUAGCUGGGACUCCUUAUCUUGCGGAAACACACCAUGUUUUCCCCAUUCCUCUUACUCAUCAAAGCCCCAUCUUCUUCACCCGCGAAGAGCUAUUUGGGACGGGCUUCGUCUUUCCACCCCGAAACUUGCAAGAUCGGUUCCACCUUGACAUUAACGAGCUACGGCGUCUUGCUACCAUUUUCUUGUCUCAUGCCGGACUUAUACCACAUCCUUGA